AGGCAUAUCCUUCGGGAUCUGGACACGCUGGAACACCUGGUGCUCCAGCAUAAGGACUGGGAGAGCAGCCUACAUUCGCUGUCGAGCGAUGUGGAAGAAGUCCAGGCUACUUUCAGAGGCAUCGCCCUCAAGACCCCGGCCAUGAAGAAGAAUCUCGACAAAGUGAUGGGCAAGUGGAACGACAUGCAGUCCAAGAGCCAACUCUUCGUUGAAAGGCUGAAGUUCGUGGAGAUAGUAGUGAACAGCAUGGAAGAGAACCACCAAACCAUCUCCGAGCUCGAGAUCAAGCUCGCGCAGUUCAACGACCUGCCCAACGACGUUGAGCUCUUGAAAGACAUGCACGAAGACCUCCUCCGCAUGCAAGUAGCGGUCAGCAAGCAGCAGAUCCAAGUAGACCAAAUGAAUGACGACGCCGAGAACUGCAGGCGACUGGUAGAGACCUCCCGCGCCGCGCUACCCCACUCCUCUCUGCCCAGGGCUGGGAAACACAUCGACCUGGAGAGGUUGGAUAAGGAGGUGUCCCAGCUGAACAGCAGGUGGAAUAACGUGUGCAGCCAGCUGGCUGAGAGACUCCGAAGCUGCGAAGCGGCGUACCAACUCCUGCGCAACUAUAACGCCGGGCUAGAGAAGGAGGCGGAAUGGAUUGACGACACAUUCGCCAAGUUGCAGGCACAGCCGCCCAUUGAGAUCCGGCCUAAGGAGCAGUUUGAGCCUACCCGGGUACUACUCACAAGCGUUGUGGAGAGAACGCCUAAGAUCGAAAAAGUUAACGUGGAUGGUGGAAGGUUCAUUCGGGAGGCGAAGAUACAUUCGUCGCGAUGCCAGCGGUAUUCUGAGUGGCUCUGCGACGAGGUACACCCAUCACUGGACAUGAAACACCUGAAACGUCAAGCGGACAUAGACAUGGCGGAACGUCUCCGGAACAGAGGUCGGAUCGUCGACCCGGAACGCGUUCCGGUCGGUUCCGAAUCGGUUGCGAGGGAGCUGGAUGAACUGAACUCCAAUCACCAGAAGUUACUGGACUUGUUGUAUGAAAGACUGAGGAGGAUCGCGGCCGCCAACCCGGGAGACAUUGUUACAUUGCGGCUGGUUGAGGCCAUGGCGCCGCGGUCGGCGCGGUCCUUCCGCCAAGAGUUCAACAUGCAGGACCUGGCCACCAGCACCGAGCACACGUAUACGACGCACUAUACCUCGGAGAAAUAUGUCAGGACGUCACAUUCGACAGAGCUUGACGGAUCUCCCAUUAAAUCAAUGGCCAAUGGCAAACUGAGCUCGCCUAAAUACACCACGAAGACCAUCAUCGGCGAUGAUGACCGACCUGACUUAAGGAAUCUCAAACGGGUCCACAAAAUGUACGAAGGCCCGAACAUUAUUGAAUCACGAGGUAUAGUUCACCCCGAAACGAGGGAAAUCUUGACUGUAGGUCAAGCAAUCAGUAUGAGGAUACUUGACGUACGAACGGGAAGGCUACUGUCCUCCCCAGAGACAAGACAGACUAUGACUAUUGAGCAGGCAGCUAAAGAGGGUCUGAUAGACCCCAAACUAGCAGCCAGGCUAACAGGACCCUGCGGUAUGACAGAAGACGGAAACGAAGUCACGCUACUAGAAGCGAUACAAAGAGAGCUGUACGACGCAGAACAAGGACUCACUGACCCAGCAGAGAAGAGAAUUAAGGUAACAGUUGAAGGUGACAAGCCAAGCACGCAAGGAAUGAGUAUCUCAGACGCCCUUAACUGUGGACAAGUCGACCUCCAGAGAGGUCUCUAUCGACUACCCAACGGAACAUACAUCUCUAUUGCCGAAGCAUACCAAAGGGGAUACCUCAUCUACAACGAGAUUAUCAAAAUCAAAUCGAGCGCUCUGUCGUUAUCCGACGCCAUAAGCCAAGAUCUUGUAGACAAUAACGGUUGGAUAUUGGACAGGAAUUCGGGCGAUAGGUUCCAAUUAGACGUUGCGAUUAAAAACGAAUUAAUAAACCAUCAUUACAGAGAAGUUGUAGAUCCUAAAAACGACACUAAAGUUACGCUUGCUGAAGCCAUAGAAAAGAACAUCAUAAAUACUAAACAUUCUAAAUACGUACACAAUAUCACAAAAGAGAAGCUUUCUUUCAAGGACGCAGCAAACAAACGGUUUAUUUGCAAACCUAUGACGCUCAAAGACGUCUGUGAUAAUAAUCUUAUGACUAAUGACGGAAAAAUACUUUCUCCUACAAAUAGAACACCUUUGAACAUUUUAGAGGCAAUUUCUGCCGGAGUAUUAGAUAGCGACAAUGUAAAGUGUAUCACUGAUACAACAACCGGUCAACUUCUGACGCUGUCUGAGGCGUUGGCAGCUAAAAUUAUUCUACACGAUAAUAAAUUCCGCGAUAACUUGACAGGUGAAAUUUGCACCAUCCCUGAAGCAGUCGAUCGGGGACUAAUCACGUCUGUUUCCCAAAGAUCAAUCUUCGAUAUUGAUGGAUUCAGAGACCCAAAAACUGGGGAAUUCAUUUCGUUUAAUUCCGCUCUUAAGAAGGGCUAUUUAAAAUACGCCAACGGCGAAACUUUCCUAAAAUCCGAAAGCGGUGAUUUCGUUUUCUUGGAAGACUGCACUAAGGUUGCUAUAGUCCGUCCCGAAGUUUUAGAAAUGUUUAACCGUAGGAUAGGAAUUUAUGAAAACGGCAAAGAGCUGACUGUAUUAGAUGCAGUCUUUAAAAAUAUUCUCGAUCCUAAAACCGGUAAUUUACUUGAAGCAUCGACAAAGAAACCUAUUCCAUUCAAUAAAGCUGUCGAAAUUAAUAUGAUAACUCCCGAAGGAGCCGCAUUGUUGAAUUCGCUUCUUAAUAUUACUCUGACUUUACAGACUGUAACAAAAACAGUGAAACGGUAUGUCACAGUAACUAACACCACUGCGACUCAAAGGUCCGAAGCAAUCCUCACAUUUGCUGAGGCAAUCAGACGUGGUCUCAUUGAUGAAACAACUCAAACUUUCACUGACCCCACGACAGGUACCGUUUUCCCCAUUCAACAAGCUCUCGACGAAGGCUUGCUUGGCGUAGAAAAGAACGAACCUCGGGUCGUUCGCAUCCCUGAAAUUGCCAAGAAAGAUCUAGUGCCCGGUCAGGUAGUUGAACUUAAAAUUACUAAAAAAUCGUUUAUCCCGGACUGGCCUACAAGUCCAGAGGGCAAGGUUCAGCGGGACAACAAACCCGAGACAAUCAAAAGCCCCGAGUUUGCCACUCGCGAAAUCAUUCAGCCACGUGAAGGGCUGAUGAGGGAAAUAAGGACAGUAACGUCAAAAUCUAUUGUAACAGAACCCUCAGUCACAUCAUUGACUAUCAAAAAGAAUACAAUCGAGCUUCCUCGUGGUGGUUGGACACUAAGGGAAGCUAUAUUCCAAAAUCUUUUUGAUCCAAACACAGGUGUAUUCACUAUUCCUGGUACUGACCGUGUUAUGGAGCUUGACGAAGCAUUAAAACUUAACAUUAUCAACUCAGAUUCUGCUAAAGUAAUCCACCCUAAAACCAAGAAAGAACUUUCGUUGUUAGAAGCUUUAGAAGCGCGCAUUAUUAACAGUACAGGUCAUUACAAACAUCCAACGGGCUCUGUUACUAUGAGAGAAGCAAUCGAUCGUAGUUAUAUUAUUUUUGUAAAACUUUCCACGACUGUGUCAUCACAAAAAGUUAUAACGAUUACGUCGGUGGCCGGUAUGCCUGAUAAAGUUGAACUGUCUGAAGUUGGCGAUAUAGUGAGUGAAGAACAAACCGUUUUGGAGCCUCUUCAGAUUAGGCCUGGGGUUAUCUAUGACCCUGCUACAGCAUUAGUCAUAUCAACUACGUCAGGUGUAUCCGAAAAUAUUGUAGAAGCAGUUGAACGUGGCCUAGUGCCUUCUAAUACUGUCAAAGUUACUGAACCACAAACUGGUAAACAAAUAACAUUAAAACAGGCAGUCGACAAAGGUAUAGUCGAUAAAAAAACAGGUGAAUACAAAGAUAAAUCAGGUAAAAAACUAAGCCUUGCAGACGCGGCUAAGAUAGGUCUUGUAGCAGUGGUAGGGGCUCCGUUAGUUGGAGCAUCGAAAAUUAUACAGGUAGUUAAAAGUACUAUGGUAGUAGAUCCUAAAACAGGAGAAAAAGUGCCUAUGGAAGUAGCAUAUGAGCGGGGUCUAGUUGAUCCUCUUACUUAUCAGAAGUACGAGGAAUCAAUUAGAGAUCGGUCACCUGAGAGUGACACUUCAGUACACGAAGAUACUGUACACCACACAACAACCACGAGUAAAGUAACCUAUUCCAAAGUUACAAGCGAACCCACGACUACUAGUACGGUAGUUAUCAUUGAUCCUGACACAAACGAGAAAUUGCCCUUGGAAGUCGCCCUUCAGAAAGGUUUAAUUGACGUUGAGACUUACAAAAACUACUCUUCGCCUGACUUUGCAGUCCUUGGAGAUAAAAUUCCCCAAAGCACAAGUACAGUAACAUUUGAAAAAGUUAUUAGUCAACCUUCAGUAACAACUGUAGCUACAGUAGUAAACCCUCAGACAGGCGAACAAAUACCAAUUGAUGAGGCGUAUGAGAAAGGAUUAAUUGAUACAAACACUUACGAAAACUAUAAACAAACUUUACAUGCGAAAAUAAUAGAAUCUGCUAGGUCCACGCCUACUGGGAAGAGCACAGUAACAGUUACUCAGGUCAACAAACCAGUAUCUGUUGGUGCCGCUGUUUCUGAAGGUUUUAUAACUGUAGAGUCAAUUCAAAAUAGUUUGUCUGCGGACAAUAGGAAAGUAAUAGAAGUAGGUCCAUCCGCGAAACCACAGACAGUUAGGACAUCUGACAUUAUCCAAAUUACAAAAACACAAACUUUGGAAAAACCGAAAUACAAGGUUAAUAUUCCAAAGGAAAGUGUUCUACAAAGUCAAGUUCUGGAAACUAAACCGGUUGUGCUACAAAAACUUAGGAAGCGCGUGGUGACACCCUUGGAAGCGGUCGAGAAGGGUUUAUUGAGUAAGGAAACAGCUUUGAUUUUAGAUGCCGUCAAAGUUUAUAAAGAUGAAAAUGGUAUGCCUAUAACACUUGAUAAGGCCAUAGAAAAAGGCUUAGUAGAUGAAAAUGGUGGAGAAAUAAAAGACCCAGUUCACGGGGACAUUGUUACUAUCAAAGAAGCCCUAAAAAGGGGCAUUUUAGAUGGUGAGGGUCAAGAUGAAGUAUUGAUUCCAUUGGCAAAGAGCUUAUCUAUUGCAGAAGUAUUAGAACAAGGUUUGUUAGACCCGUCCACUGGAAAAAUAAUCCAUCCCGAGACUGGCAGCCUCUUGACAUUACGAGAAGCUAUUAUUUGCGAGAUAGUUGACCCGCUAUCAACCGUUACUGUUUCCCCCGGCAGAAAUAUAACACUCGCAGAAGCGAUAGAAAGAAACAUCAUUGACAAUGAUAAAAACCAAGUUCAAACUAGUAACGGAAAUGUAGAUUUAAUCACAGCCGUUAAUGCCCAGAUAUUCCCGGAAACAAAACCAAUUUCGUCCGUAGAAGAAAUCCCGCCUGCUUCUAUGACCUUAUCAGUAGCUAUUAAGCGAGGCGUUAUCAACCCAAAUACUGGAGAGAUGAAACAUCCUCUCACUGGAGAAGUGAUGCAAGUCAAGGAUGCUGUAAAACGAGAUAUGAUUAUGUCUAUCCCUUACCCACAAUCAAAGGACACUGUGACAUUAGAAGACGCUAUUGAAAAGGACUUAGUCGAUCUAAAAGCAGGUACAUUUACUGAUCCUAACACAUUAGAAAUUUUACCAAUAGACAAAGCUAUGGAGCAGGGUCUACUGGCCGUAAAGCCGAACACCGAUGCUAUGCAAACCACAGGAGUGGUCACAACGAUCACCGAGACGUUUACUUCUCAGCACACAAUAACAACCAAAAUGAUUGAACUUCUUGCUGACUACGUGUUAGUUAGCGCCAAUGAAGUUAAAAAUACUAAAACAGGGGAAAUAAUUUCUAUGGACGAUGCCCGUCAAAAAGGUAUUGUGCGGGAUGAGCAAACAAGUAAGGAACAGUUCAUCACCAGUGACACUAACAUUAGCUUCGAAGAAGCCUUGAAUCUCGGAUACAUAAACAUUGAGGAAGGUACAUUCACUCACCCUAACACAGGAGAAGUAUUAUCAAUCUCAGAAGCGGUAACUACUGGUGUAUUAAACACAGAAGUUGUUCCAUCUGAGACUGCUAAAGUUGCUUCACCAAAGAAAAGUUCAGAAAUGCUAGACUUGAAUGAUGCGUUUGAACUUCUCUUUGAUGAAAAGACUCAAAAGUUCAAAGAUCCUAAGUCUCCUAACAAAACGGUUACAUUGAAGGAGGCAUUAGAUAAGAAAAUCAUCAACCCAGAUUCUGUAAUAUACAAUGUUGAAGCUGGCAAACCUCUAACGCUCCAGGAAGCUGUUGAUUCUGGUUUGAUUGAUAAGAAAACAGGUAAAAUAAAGGAACCCAAAACAGGAAAAUCUGUUGACAUCAAGAACGCCGCUAAAAUGGGAUUAAUUGCGGUAGUGGCUGCUCCAGUACUAGCUGGUAUGGCUGUCGUUCAAGGAGCGAAAGCAGUGACUAGCAAAAUCAUAAAGUCUAAAGAAGAAGUUCCCACAAAGCCUGAAAAACCUAGUCGAAUCACUAGUGUCGAAGAAUCGUCAAAAAUUGUGAUUGAUCCAAAAGCAAUCCUAAAGCCUGUUAAAAAAGAUGAUAAACUUCCGCAAAAAGAUCAAAACACUAGCAUUGAAGAGUCCACAAAAACUGUGUUUGAUCCAAAAGCAAUGCUAAAACCUGUUAAAAAAGAUGAUAAACUCCUUCAAAAAGAAUCUCCGGUUCAAACUGGUACUGUAGAAAAAACGCCUAAACCUUCAGAUGUAACAGCUACAUUCCUGCAAAAGGAGACUAUUGUCUCAGAGGCAACGCAUGAAUUUCCCACACAAAAAGACAAAAUGGCUCCCAAAGAUGUUCCAACAUCGAGUAAAAAAGAUGAAAGCGAAACGAAGAAAGGCAAAAAAGAUAGCGAUUCGCCGGUGCGAGAAGAACAAACUACUGUUGUUAAGACUAUCUUGACAAAGGAUUCUAAAGUAACUACUCCUGAGAAAGACCAGUUAGCUAAAGAGAAACUAAAAGAAUUGCCAAAAUCUGUCUUAGAGACCGAAGAAGUAAAACCAGAUGUGCAUACUACUGUUAAAACUAUUGUUACUCAGUUAGAGACAGAAUAUGAUGAAGCGGCCCUUAAAGUGGUCAAACCAAAAGACAGAGUUAAAGAAAGUCCCUUAAAAGAAACUCAACCUUCUGUACCCGAACCAAAAGCACCUAUAGAACCAAUAACCAAGGCCAAGCCAAUUCCUUCAAAGGUAUCGGAAUCAGAAGUUCAGCCAGAGAAACGUAGCACGGACACUACAACUGGCCCUGCUGAUCACAAAGCACAAUUACCAUCACAGAAAGAAGGUAAAACUACUCCUGAACCAAAACCAUCAUCAGUCAAAGACGUGUCACCACAAGAACCUUUAAUUGACGAGCCAACCUUUGAUGAGCAAAAGCAAUUUGAUGGACAGCCUCUUAUUCAAGAGUACCGUGAAACUACUCCAGAUGGUCGUGAAGUGACGACUAUCGUCAAAACCAUCGUAACGCAGUCAGAACCAUCUGAGUAUGUUACAGAACACUCUAGUACUGUAAUUACUACUAAAGCAUCUUCAGUAACGACAGUGGAGAUAACACAGAAUGAAUCUACCUCAUACCACGUCGUCACUGAGGAGAUUGUUGGACCACACGGUGUUACUGAGACUACUAUUACACAACACGAAAUUGACGUAGAUCAACCUGAUAGAUUUGAUGACAGACCAAGCAAGGAUGGUGACAUAACGGCGCCUGUUCAGGGCACCCAAAAUACAGCAAAAAUCGAAACAAUAAUACCCAAGCAGCCAAUUCAACAAGUUGUAGAAACCGUAACUCGAGAAGUUUCUUACAUCCCGGAAAAAGAUACGCUUGUUGGAGACUCGACGUCGCCAACGACAAGUGUACAAGAAAAGACAGAAACGAAUGUUCUUGUUGAAGUAACUCCUGGAGUUAUUUAUGAUCCAAAUACGUCUGUUGUGAUCUCAGCGGCAUCCGGGGUCUCUGACAAUGUCCUAGAAGCCGUCGACAGAGGCAUUGUGCCAGCUGAAACUGUACACGUAAAGGAUCCAAAGACUGGCAAAGAAAUCACAUUAAAAGAAGCAGUCGACAAAGGUAUCGUUGACAAAAAGUCUGGUGAAGUCAAAGACAAAUCCGGUAACAAGAUUAGUUUCGCUGUUGCUGCUAAAUUCGGCCUUGUUGCCAUUGUUGGUGCUCCCAUCCUAGCUGCUUCUAAAGUGAUUGAAGUAGUAAAGAACGCUGUCGUGGUUGACCCAAAAACCGGAGAAAAAUUACCCAUCGAGGAAGCUCGUAAUCGUGGUCUUAUUGACCCAGAAACGUAUAGGCAAAUCGAAAAAUCAACAACUGAGAUCUUGCCUAGUAGCGUAGUUGAUGAACAAGGUAAGCCUUUAACAGAAUUAUCUCAAAUUAUUAAGCAGGUCUCCACCACAACCAUUGCUGGUCCUAAGGAAGUAAUAAUUACACAUACUACUGAACACACGCCUAUUGUCACUGAAAGCUCUACUACUACGACAGUCGAAAAGACAUUAGUAGGCUUUGAAGUGACCCAAAGCGUCAGCACAACAACAGAUGCUAAAACUGGUUCAGCUAUGCUUUUGGAUGCUGAAAGGCAGCCAUUGCGAGUAAUUGAUGAAAUAACUGAACAAAAUGUUACAAAAGAGAAGCAGGAAGAAGUGAAACCCCUUCACGAAAACAUCCAACUAAUUGAUGCUAUCUCUCAAGGCAAAAUUGAACCUAAAGUAUGUAGGAUCAUUGUAAAUGGUGUCGAAUCACCUUUAACUGUACAAGACUCUUUAGAACAGGAACAAAUUAGUAGGUUUACCCCAGUAGACGUAAUGUCUAAAAACUUAGUUGUUGUCAAAGAAACUGAACCGAAAUACUUUGUCGCAAUAUCGCAAAAGUUAACGCCAGAAGAACUCUCAGAAAUGGGAGUUUAUGAUAUUGAAAAACAAGUAUUCUUGAAUCCAGAAACAGGUGCUAAAAUAUCUUUCGAAGAGCUCGUCUAUGGGCUGCAUGUAUUUGACCCAGAAAAUAUUCUCGUUAAAGACCUAGGUUCCAAAUCCGAUGAGUACAUCUCGUUUGACGAGGCAAUAGCUAGGCCCAUUAUUGACAUAACUACCGGCCACAUGGUUAACCCCAAAACCGGAAAACGGGUGCCAUUCCUAGAAUGCGUUCAAGUAGGGUGGAUCGUUGAAAAGCCUGAAGACGUGACAGUUUCUGAACAAGUAUCGUUUGAAACGGCUUUCGAUCAAGGUCUCUACAAUCCUAAAACCGGUGAAAUCAAAGACGUUAACACAGGGAAGUUAGUUCCAAUCGGCCAGGCCAUUGAAUCUGGCCUCGUAGAUCAGGAGUCGCUACUCAUAAGAGUUCCUAACUCUAACGAAAACAUUCCAUUAGCAGAUGCAGUCGAACGCGGUAUUAUUGAAAUCCAUGAAGGCGUCAUAACUAUUGUUGAGACCCAUCAAAUUAUAGAAAUGUCGGUAGCUAUUCAACGUGGCUUAAUCAUUCUCACGCGCAGACCGAUUUCAAUUGAAGCAGUUAUAAUUCAGGACAUGCUAGAACCGAAUACAGGUAAAAUCAAAGAUAAGGUGACUGACCAACUUGUUACUGUAGGCAACGCGGUAGAUAGAAAUAUCAUUCACCCGACAAUCUCUGAAAUUAAAGACACAUCUUUAGAAAAAUUCGUCCCUCUGGCUGAAGCCCUUGACUCGAAGCUUAUUCAUCCAGAAACAGGUAAAAUUAGAGAUAAAAAGACUGGCAAAGACAUUCCAUUAGACGAUGCACUGAAACGAGGCCUACUGGCCACGAAAUCAGUAACGUUCUCAUUAUUUGAUAUUAUUGAAUUAGGAUACUACUCUCCGGACACUUGUCAGAUUUUAGAUCCAAAAACUGGAAAUACAGUUACCCUCGGUAAAGCUAUCCAAGAUAAGCUUGUUGACGUUUCAGACAUCAAAAUCAAAGACGACAAGUCUGAGGCUGUUGUACCAUUCGAUAAAGCUGUAAAGGCAGGUUUGGUUGAUUUAGAAAAAGGUGUUAUUACAUCUCCUGUUUGUAACUUAAAGGACGCUUGUGACAAGGGCUAUGUACUGAGCGACAAAAAGCCAUGGACGUUACAAGAAGGUCUUGUUCAAGGAUUUUACAAUCCAGAGACAGGCCUUUUGACUAUAAACGAUGUCACUAUGACACUCGAUGACGCAAUCAAAAUUGGAAAUAUCAAUCCUGAAGCUAUGACUGUUAGGAACUCCGUUACAGGAGACAUUAUAUCCCUAGCCGAUGCUAUCAAACUAGGCAUUAUUGAUUCUAAAGAAGGCAAAGUCAAAGAUCCUAUUCGUGGUGAUAAAAUUUCACUCACUGAUGCUUCAGAACGUGGACUUAUUGUUCCUGCCAAACGGAAACUUAGCUUGCCCGAAGCUGUAUUCAAAGGCUUCUACGACCCUAAAUCAGGGAAAUUCUCGCAUCCUGAAAUUAGAGACAAAAUUCAAACAGAUAGGGCAAUCAAGAAGCGUAUGAUUGAUCCACAGUCCACUUUAGUACACGCUGGUGGUAAAGUAAUUCCAUUCGAAUUUGCAGUAGAGAAAGGCAUCGUUGACGGCCGAACGGGAACUAUAGUGCUAGGAGAAGAAAAAAUAGAUUUCCGUGAAGCUUUCGAAAGAGGUAUAUUAGUCGAGGUUCGCAAACCCAUGUCUCUAGUUGAAGCUCUUGAAAAGGGAGUCUACAACGAAAUCACGGGUAUGUUUAUGGAUCCACAAACUGGCAAGAAAUACACACUCGCUGAAGCAAUCAAGCUUAACUUGAUUGACCCACAUUCAGUUCACAUUCAAGACAACAGGUUAGGUAAAUGGGACAAGAUUACAUUGCCUGAUUCCAUUCAAAUCGGCGUAAUCGAUGAUAAUACAGGUAAAAUAAAGAACAUCAAUAACGACAAUGAAGAAAUCAGCCUUCGCAAGGCGUUCGAAAUAGGUUUACUCGUUGAUAGCAAAGCACCAAUCAGUUUGCAAAGAGCAUUGCACCAAGGUCUCUAUGAUGAUGCUUCAGGUAAAAUCAUUGAUCCAACAACAAACCGUAAAAUCACUCUUCACGAGGCGCUCAGGCGGUCAGUGAUUAGCCCGAAAUAUCUUUGCUACUUCGACAAGAAAUCGGAGAAGCCUUUGACCUUAGCCGAGUGCUGUCGUAGCGAAAUCGUUGAUAGACGCAAUGGUAAAUUCCAUGAGCCUGGAUCCGAUGUCCAGGUUUCGUUAUCCGAAGCCAUGAGCCUCGGUCUAAUCGUCGACAUUGAAAGCGCUGGAUUCACUUUACAUGAAACAUUAUCAAUGAACAUGUACGAUAUAACUGAACUUGUCUUUAUUCAUCCCGUCACUGAUAGACCCAUGUCGCUCAAGACUGCUAUAGUCGAAGAACUUAUUAACCCUGAAACGUCACUAGUUAAACAUAUUCCAACAAGUAAAUACAUCAAAUUAGAUGAAGCUAUUAAGACAGGUGUCAUUGACGACAACAACAGCGUAUACGUCUUGCCUAACGGCAAUCAAAUUAACUUGCUAGAUGCUAAACACCGCGGACUAAUCGUGACUGCGAAGAAAAACCUUAGCCUUGAAGAGAUUAUUAGGAACGGCUUCUUUAGGGCGGAUAACGGCAAGAUCGUAGAUCCCAGCACUAAUGAAUACGUCGAUAUUAACAAAGCAAUUGAAACCAAUUUAUUAAACCCCGACUCGACUGUCGUUAAAGAUAACGUUACAGGCAAAUUCAAGCCUCUACCAAUUGCGAUACAACAAGGUGACGUUGACGUCACUAAAGGUAGAGUUCUAGAUACAAAGGCAAAGAAAACGUAUAGCUUAGACAUCGCGUUCGAUAAAGGUCUAUUAGUUACAGUCGUCCAACCAAUCACGUCUCAGACGAUUACUAAACGGUACGUGCCAGAAAGUUCUGCUUCCAAGGAACCGGUUCUUAGGGAAUUCACUUUAGAUGAAGCUAUCAGGUACGAAUUUAUAGACCCCGAAACAGCGUUAAUAAAAGACCCUCGUAAAAACAAAUACAUUCCAUUAAGAUUAGGUAUCACUGAGGGCAUUAUUGACAAGAACGCGAAAGGUUCCUUCGACACGCAGAACAGGACUCGUUCGUUAUGCUUCGUCUUUGAAAACAGUUUAAUUGUGUACGUUAGAGAACCAAUGACGUUUGAGCAAGCGAUUGAGAACGGGCAUCUCAACGUGGCCGCCGCUCGAUUUACUGAUCCACAUUCCAAUGAAGUACUAACUAUUAAAGACGCGACCACUUUGGGAUACAUAGAUUCCGACACGGCUCUCAUAAAAGAUAAUCUCAAAAAGAGGUUAGUAAAACUCCCCGAGGCAUUCCGCAAAGGCCUCAUGGAUGCUGAGAAAGGCAACAUACUGGACACUGAAACAUCUAAGCUGAACACGCUCUCAGCGGCAAUAGAGAGUGGGCUCUUGAUGACACCGAAAAAGAGUUUCACGUUAAUAGAGACUCUAAACUUCGGUAUUUAUAAUCCGACCACCGGAGCGCUAAACGAUCCGUUCAUAACCACGAGUGUAAUGGAUCGAAAGAGGUUGAAUUUAGGCGAAGCCAUCAAACAAGGCAUCGUCGAUCCAUCAAGUACAGUAGUCAAAGAACCCGAAACAGGAAAGAUUUGGCCAUUGGUUCAAGCGAUAGAACAGAAGCUAGUCGAUCCCGUUGAAGGCAGACUGACGAUUGAUCCAACCAAAGGAAUCAGUCUCGAUUUAGUCAAAGCUCUAAAGAAGGGGUACUUACUGCCAGCAGAAACUAGGCAAGCAGUCGAAGAGAAGUACAGACUUUGCGAUGAGACGCUCUCUAAGCUAUUGGAAUGGAUCGCGGUGGUCGAAGAGAGGUUGGCUAACCAAGAGGCCGUUAAAGAAGACAUGGAUGAGCUGCGCAACCAGAUUAACAUUCUUAAGCUCAUCAAGGAUGACCUGGAGAGCCACCAGCGGCAGGUAUCAGCUUGCGCGGACCAGGCCAAGCAACUCCUGGUCUCCGGCGGAGACGUGCUUGCUCCUCAUGAGGUGGCAGCACUGGAGCGCGGCGUGCGCCAACUGAAGCAACGCUGCGACAAGUGCACCGACAAGUGCGACAAGAUGCUGCGACGCUUGGCCGCGGCGAGAGACGAGCUUGGGAAAUUCAGCAACGAACUCAACGCCUUCAACUCCUGGAUGGAGAAUGCCUACCGCAACCUAGAAGAGAAGGAAGCAGCGCUAUCCAAACUGGACAAGCUGCCCAACCAGGGCGAGGACAUCAGGGAGUUCGUGUCUGACGUCAUAGCUCAUCAAGCUGACCUGCGGUUCAUCACCAUGGCAGCGCAGAAGUUCAUCGAUGAGAGCAAGGAAUUCCUCUCAAUCCUCAACGAAUACCGCACUACCCUCCCCUCCCGUCUAUCGCACGUGGCGCCACCUAGCGAAAGCGCAGUGCGUGAGGGCGCGGCCCUAGCGCGCCGCAGACAUGCCGACUUGGCAGCGCGCGCGCAGAGAUUACAAGAGAGACUGCGAGGCGCAGCCCUACUGGCUAAACAGUACCAUCUGGCUGUGGAAAGGGCUGGGAAGUGGAUGCAUGACAUCGAGCCGCAGAUCAAGUCAGUCCUGUCGGAGCCGGUGGGCGGCGAGCCGCGCGCAGUCGAGUCCCAGCUGGCCAAGGCCAAGACGCUGCAUAACGAGGUCUUGGCGCAGGCCCGGCUUAUUGACAACGCCAAGGACGCAUGCGACCAGCUAGUCAAGUCGCUCGAAGGCAAUCUCACCCCAUCCGAGAUUCGUCAGCUAGAAGUCCCAGUCAUAGAGCUGGAAGCCCGCUACAGGGACGUAGAUGGAGCAUUGGGCGCGAGAUGCGGCGAGCUUGAAGCGGCUUUAUUGCAAUGCCAAGGACUACAGGAUGCGGCUGAGACUCAGGCCCUUUGGUUGGGGCAAGUCGAGAAUGUAUUCAAGAACCAGAUGAAGCCAGCGUCUUUAGUCCGCGAGCGCCUCGACGAGCAAACCCGCGAGCAACGCCGAGCACACCACGAGCUCGAAGCCCGAAGGCCUACACUGGCCCAGCUACAGGCCGCCGCUGCCGACGCUGCAAGAGCGCCUUCCAACGCGCGUAUUGCUAGGAAGCUGCAGCAGAGAGCCGAAGAGAUCUAUGCCAGAUAUGAAACCCUCCUAGAGCGGUCCAUCAAACGCGGCCAGUUCUUAGACGAAGUGUCGAGCGAACUGGCUCACUUCACUCAGCAAGCCGCUACGCUAGAUGCGGCGCACACGCAGUUGCAAGAACAAGCCGAUAGCAGGGAGUUGGCCAGGAUGAACGCUGAAGAGUUGAGAGCCAGGCUGACGGACUUGGCUCAUUACAGAGACAAGCAAAUGCCGCUGCUUGAAGAAUGCCUGCGUAACGGCAAGCAACUGAUCGCUAAGAAGGACGUCACUGACACACACGUCGUCCGCGACAGGAUGAAGGCUUUGGAGAACCAAUGGCGCGAUUUCAACACUGCGCUGGAAGAGAAACAAAAGCUGUCGAAGCAGCGCGCUGACCAGCUCAAUCAAUACGAAACCCUCAGGCUGCAGGUGCUAGAAUGGCUGCAGGGCAUGGAAGGCCGCGUGGGGCGCCUGCAACCGGUGGCCGUCGAACUGGACGUCAUCAAGCAGCAGCAGGACGAGCUCCGGCCUUUAGCCAAGGAGUACAGGGACUAUAGCAGCACUAUUGAUAAGGUGAACGAAGCGGGUGCGGCGUACGAAGCGCUGACCCGCGGCGAGCGCGCUGACAGCCCUCGCCGAAGGCUCUACAGCCCCACCAAGCACACACGGCACACGCCCAGCCGCACGCUAGACGGGCGCUCGCCGUCGCCCACCAAAGGCCACGGGCUGGUCAGCCCUGGAUCUACUCAUUCCACCUCCAGCGGGUUCUCAUCGCGUAGAUCUAGCCAGGAAGGAUUCCAUCUUGAAGAGCUAUCGCCAGUACAGCAACAGCUGGGCGAGAUCAACAACCGCUACAGCCUGCUAGGCAGCCGCCUGGCCGACCGCGCUUCGGAACUCGACGCUCUGCGAGACGAGCUGCGCAAGCAACUCGACAGCUUGCGGGCACUCAACACCUUCUUGGACAAGGUCCAAAGGCAGCUGCCCAAGGAAUCCGUGCCCAACACGAAGGAAGAGGCAGACAAGACCAUCAAGCAGGCGCGCGCCGUGCUCGAGGAGAUGUAUGAGAAACAGAGCAUCCUCGACUCCACCAAGACCCACGUCCGCGAACUUCUGAAGCGCAAGCAGGGCGUGCAGGGCGCCGACCGCCUCCACGACGAGAUGGAAGAUGUGUCUUCCAGGUGGAAGGCUCUCCACGACGCUUUCAAGGACAAGAUCCGCCUAAUGGAAGAAGUAAAGGACUUCCACGACACUCACAGCAACUUGACCCAAUGGUUAGGCGCCAAGGACCGUAUGAUGGCUGCCCUCGGACCCAUCUCAUCAGACUCCAGAAUGGUGCAGACUCAAGUGCAACAGGUGCAAGUCCUCCGCGAAGAAUUCCGUGUCCAACAACCUCAGCUGUCCCACCUGGAUGACGUGGCAGCAGCAGUAUUACAACGCCUGGAACCGCGAUCAGCUGACGCCAACAAGACGGCCCAGAAACGGCAGGAGAUCCACGACAGAUGGGACGACCUGCUUGGAAGACUGGAAGCCCGCGGCGAGAGCUUAGGAGCGGCGGCGGACACGUCUCGCGAGUUCGACGCCGGGCUUGCUCGCCUUAGGGAUGCACUACACACCAUCGCCGACAACUUGGACAGACUGUCGCUGGACAACGAGCCGGAGGAGCAGUUGAGGAAGAUCGAGAACCUGGAGCGCCAACUAGAAGGCCAGCGGCCAUUGCUAGCGGACUUGGAAGCGGCCGGCGCUGCGUUAGGCGCGGUGUUGGCCGACGCGGCCGCUCGCCAGGACAUACAGGCCAAACUGGCCGCCGUGGCUAGGCAAUACGACAACCUGCAAAGGAAACUGGACCAUAGGAAGGCGGAGAUUGAAGGCGCUUUGAAGGAAGGCCGCAACCUCGAAGAGAAUGUCGCCAAGACCCUCGGCUGGCUGCAAGCUGAGCUGGGCGCGCUACCCGCUCGUUUACACGUGUCAGCCGACGCAGUGCGCUUGCAGCAACAACUGGACACGCACACGCCGCUGUAUAGAGACCUCAAUCAGAGGGAGCAUGAGCUCAUCAUGCUUCUAGACAAAGGUCGUGAAAUGGAGAAGAAGCCAGCAUACCAAGGCCUCCGCAAGGACCUCGAUAGAGUCCAGGCACAAUGGGACAAACUCAAGCGGGAGAUCGUCGACCGCUACACCCGGCUGCAGACCGCUAUGGAACACUGCCGCAAGUACAGCAAGGCGCAAGAGUCCUUCAUACCAUGGCUUUCUGACGCCGAAGAGCGCCUGGCCAAGUUACCGCCCGUCGCCUUUACAAGGAAAGAGGCCGAAAGACAGCUGCGAGACCUGCAGCAGAUCAGAAACGACAUCUGGAAGAGGUCCGGCGAAUACGAGAACAACAAGACCCUCGGCGAGACAUUCAUCUCAUCGUGUGACGUUGACCAGGAGGUCGUGCGCAAGCAGCUUGAUUCCAUGAAGGACCGUUGGGACCGGCUUAACAACGAGGUUCUCCAACAAGUGGAAUUCCUCGAGACCACCGCUCGCAAGCUCGGCGAAUUCGGCGAGAAAGUUCGCGCGGUUGAAACUCCACUACAACGAUGCGAGGAGCGCCUUGGAGACGCCUUGGCCGCCCCGCCCGCUGUCGCUGCAGAGGCUGUGGCGCGUUUGUCUGACCAGAUACACGCGCUAAAGGCACCACUACAGAGCGUGGAAGUAGCAGCGGACGACAUCGUCCGUCUCGCUCUCGAGUGCAAUGGGCCCGACGCGGCGGCGCGCGCUCGUGACGUGUUGCAAGAACACGCGGCGGCGCUGCACGACCGGCUCAAUGACCUCGAGCAGAGAGCUGAUGAGGCUAAAGGAAGAUUGGCAGGCGCUGCAGCGGCUGUUACACAAUUCCAAGACAAAGUCAAGAACCUGUCCCACGACUUAACCGACUUAGAAAAGGAGCUAGACUCCAUGAAACCUCCGGGCCGUGACGUCAAGACUGUCAAGCAGCAGCUGGAUGACAUCGGCCGCUUCUACAAGAGACUGGAGAAAGCUGACGACCUUAUUGGAGACACUGAAAGGGCCGCAGAGAGCCUGGUGGAUAGCGGAUACGCUGUGGACUCGUCGAAGACUAGGGACCAGGUGGAAGGCCUGCGCAAACAGCUAGGCAAGCUCGACGAGCGCGCGCGCUCCAAGGAGCAAGAAUUAGACGACACCCUAAGCAAGUUGGAAGCCUUCUACAAGGCUUACGACUCUGUUAUGGAUGACGUGCAGGAGGCCUCCGAACAAGUCCGCAGUCUCAAGCCGGUCUCUUCCGAAGUAGAACAGAUCAGAGCCCAGCAGAAAGACUUCGGCGAGCUGCGCCGACGCACGCUAGAACCGCUCGGCCAGAACGUGGCUCAUUGCAACAAGAUCGGACAGGGCCUGGUGCGAUCAGCGCUGCAAGGAGUUAGCACGCAACAACUGGAGAAAGAUUUGGAAAAGAUGAAUGACAAAUGGAAUGCUCUUAAGGAGAAAAUGAACGAGCGCGAGCGCCGCCUGGACGUAGGAUUACUCCAGUCCGGCAAGUUCGCCGAAGCACUGGCCGGGCUGGACAAGUGGCUGGCCGACACCGAGGACAUGGUCCGCAACCAGAAGCCGCCGUCUGCUGACUACAAGGUCGUGAAGGCACAGCUACAGGAGCAGAAGUUCCUCAAGAAGAUGCUAAUGGACCGUCAGAACUCCAUGUCGUCUCUAUUCGCGAUGGGCAACGAAGUGGCCGCGGGCUGCGAGCCGGCCGAGCGGAAGGCGGUGGAGGGACAGCUCAAGAAGCUCAUGCAGCGGUUCGAUGCGCUGACCGAGGCGGCGCAGCAGAGGAUGCUGGAUUUGGAGCAGGCUAUGAAGGUGGCGAAACUGUUCCAAGAGCAACUGCAACCGCUGGUCGAAUGGCUCGGGGUCUCUGAACGCAAGGUCAAGGCUCUACAACUGGUGCCCACAGAUGAGGAGAAGAUACAGCAGAAGAUCAGGGAGCACAAGAACCUCCACGAAGACAUCCUGUCGAAACAGCCCGCGUUCAAGCAGCUGACCGAAACCGCGUCCACGCUCAUGGGACUCGUCGGCGAUGACGAGGCCACCGCCUUGGCUGACAGGCUGCAAGCCGCUACGGACAGAUACCAAACCCUCGUGGACAACAGCUUAGACACCGGAGCGUUGUUAGAGCGCUCUCGAGCUGGGCUUAGACACCUGGUGCUCACAUACCAGGAGUUAGCAGCCUGGAUGGACGCCGUAGAACAGGCACUGGCCAGGAGACGCCUGCUGCCGCUGCAGAUGGACAAGCUGCUGAGGACUAUGGAUGAGCUUGCUGAAAAAACCGAAGAGAUCGCCUCCAAGCAAGAAGCGGUAGACAGCACGGUGGAGUCAGGCCUCGAGCUGAUGAAGCACAUCUCCGGAGAUGAGGCUCUCCAGCUCAAGGACAAACUGGACGCUCUGCAGAGACGAUACAAUGAUCUGACGUCUAAGGGCGCCGACUUGCUGAGGAUUGCUUCAGAGACGCUCCCGUUGGUGCAGCAGCUGUAUAACAGCCAUAACAAACUCAACGAAUGGAUGUCGAGCGCGGAAGCGUGCCUGCAGUCGGUGGAACCUCGCGAGGAAGACAUCUUGAGGCUAGAAGCUGACCUGCAGGAGUUCAAACCUGUGCUGGACAAUAUCAACCUGAUCGGACCACAGUUAUGCCAGAUUUCCCCUGGAGAGGGCGCUACGCACGUGGAAGGCAUCGUGACCCGCGACAACCGCCGCUUCGACGCCAUCGCAGAACAGAUACAACGCAAGGCCGAACGCCUGCUGCUUAGCAAGAAGAGGUCACUAGAAGUCGUGGGUGACAUGGAAGAGGCCGUCGAAUGGCUGCGCUCAGUCGAAGGAGCAUUGCGAGAGGCCGAGCCUCCCGCGUGUGAGGCGGCACUUGUGAGGGCUCAAUUGAAGCAGCAGCGGCCUUUGAGUGACGACGUGGCCGCACAGAGAGUCCGAGUGAGGGAUCUCCUCGCUCAGGCUAAGAAGGUUCUUCGUGAGUGCCAGUCGUCCGACGAGACGGCCGUCAUUCGCGAACGCAGCGAGGAGCUAAAGGAACUGAUGGAGGAAGUGGGCCAGCUCAGCGCCGAGCGACUUGCUGCCCUUGAACAGGCCCUGCCAUUGGCCGAACACUUCGCCGAUACACAUCACGGGCUGUCCUCGUGGAUGGACGACAUGGAGAAGCAGAUUCAGAUGCUGGCCAUGCCGGCGCUGCGCCCCGACCAGAUCGUGCAGCAGCAAGACAAAAACGAAAUGUUGCAACAAUCGAUCGCGGGGCACAAGCCGUUGGUAGACAAGCUGAUGAAGACGGGCGAAGCCCUAGCGCGUCUCUGUGGAGAAGACGACGCCGCCAAGGUGCAGGACACCGUGGAGACCGACUGCGAGCGGUACAACGCGCUCAGAGCCGAGCUCAGGCAGAGGCAGCAGGAGUUGGAACAGGCGCUGCAAGAGUCGUCUCAGUUCUCGGACAAGCUGGAAGGCAUGCUUCGCGCGCUGGGCGGCGCCCGCGACCAGAUCUCCCGCGCCGAGCCCGUCUCCGCGCACCCGCCCAAGAUAGAAGACCAAAUCGAAGAGAACAAUGCACUGGUAGAAGAUCUGGACAAACGCAAGGAGGCUUACAACGCGGUACAACGCGCCGCCUCUGACGUCAUCAGCAAGGCCAAUAAAAGCGACCCGGCCGUCCGCGACAUCAGGAACAAGCUGGAGAAGCUUAACAAACUAUGGGACGAAGUGCAAAAGGCGACGAACGACCGCAGCCAAUCGCUGGAAAGCGCUUUGGAAGUGGCCCGCCGCUUCUGGCAGCAACUAGAUGCCGUCAUGGCCACUCUGGCUGAACUACAGGAUACGUUAGCAGCGCAGCCGCCGCCGGCAGCGCAACCGCGCGCUAUUCAAGCGCAACAGGUCGCGUUGCAGGAGAUACGGCACGAAAUUGACCAUACCAAGCCUGAGGUGGAGAAAGUCCGCAAGACCGGUUCGACUCUCAUGUCGCUAUGCGGCGAGCCAGACAAGCCAGAGGUUAAGAAACACAUGGAAGACCUGGAUAGCGCCUGGGACAAUAUCACAGCGCUCUACGCCAGAAGGGAGGAGAAUCUAAUUGAUGCCAUGGAGAAGGCGAUGGAGUUCCAUGACACUUUGCAGAAUCUCCAAGAGUUCCUUGACUCCGCCGAAGACAAAUUCUCCCGCAUGGGGGCGCUGGGGUCAGACAUCGACGCCGUCAAGCGACAGAUCGCGCAACUGGCCUCCUUCAAGCAAGAGGUCGACCCGCAUAUGGUGAAGGUCGAAGCGCUGAACAGGAGUUUAAUGAGACAAGCCCAAGAGCUGACCGAACGCACAUCCUCCGAGCAAGCGGCUGCCAUAAAACAGCCUCUCACAGAAGUCAACUCUCGGUGGUCGGCCCUGCUUAGAGGCAUGGUGGAGAGGCAGCAGCAGUUGGAGAGAGCUUUGUUAAGGCUGGGACAGCUGCAACACGCCUUACAAGAGCUGCUGACCUGGAUCCAGAACACGAUGGACACUUUGGACACGCUCAAACCUGUGGCAGGCGACCCUCAGAUCUUGGAGGUGGAACUGGCCAAGCUGAAGGUGCUGGUGAACGACAUCGCGGCGCACCAGGCCAGUGUUGAUACCCUCAACGACGCCGGCGCACAGAUACAGCAGCACGGAACCGCAGAGGCCGGCGAAACAGCCGAAAAGCUGUCGACCAUGAACAAGAAGUGGCGCGAACUGCAACAAAAGGCACGCGACAGGCAAUCGGAGCUCGAAGACGCCCUUAGGGAAGCCCAGAGCUUCAAUGCCGAAAUCGGCGAUCUGCUCUCGUGGUUGUCCGAAGUGGACAGCGUCAUUGCAGCCUCCAAACCCGUCGGUGGUCUACCCGAGACCGCCUCAGAACAACUGGAGAGAUUCAUGGAAAUAUACAACGAGAUAGAAGCCAACCGGCCGAAGGUGGAGGCGGUCCUGCAACAGGGCCAGGAGUACCUCAAGCGGCAGGACAAGCCCAACCCCACCUCGCAGUUGCACCACAACCUCAAGACGCUCAAGUCCAGAUGGGACAACGUCACUGCUAGGGCUUCAGACAAGAAGAUCAAGCUGGAGAUCGCACUCAAAGAAGCUACGGAGUUCCACGACGCUCUCCAGGCGUUCGUGGACUGGCUGACGGGCGCCGAGAAGACUCUUACUUCUGCUAAACCCGUCUCGCGAGUCAUGGAAACUCUGCUCACCCAAAUCGAAGAGCACAAGGCCUUCCAGAAGGAAGUGGCCACGCACCGCGAGACCAUGCUACAUCUGGACAAGAAGGGCACCCACUUGAAAUACUUCAGCCAGAAGCAAGACGUUAUCCUCAUCAAGAACUUGCUGGUAUCGGUUCAGCACCGCUGGGAGCGUGUGGUAUCUAAGGCCGCCGAGAGAACCAGGGCGCUGGACCACGGCUUCAAAGAGGCCAAGGAAUUCAGCGACAUGUGGAACAACUUGAUGAACUGGCUGAACGAUACCGAGAAACAACUGGACGAACUCAACCAAGAGGCGACCGUCAACGACCCUGAGAAGAUCAAGCAGAGAUUGCACAAACACCGCGAGUUCCAAAAGGCCUUGGGAGCGAAACAGCCCGUCUACGAUCAAACCAUGAAGGGCGGUAAGCAACUGAAGGACAAGGCGCCCAAAGCGGACGAACCCGCGCUGCGAGACAUGUUAAGCGACCUCAAGACCAAGUGGACCACCGUCUGCUCUAAGGCCGUUGACAGGCAACGCAAACUCGAGGAGGCUCUGCUAUACUCGGGACAGUUCAAGGACGCCAUGUCGGCUCUCCUGGACUGGCUGAAGAAGCAGCAACUCAGCUUGUCUGCGGAUUCGCCUGUACACGGAGACCUGGACACGGUCAUGGCUUUGAUAGAACAGCACAAGCAAUUCGAGGAAGAUCUCCACUCCCGGGAACAGCAAAUGCAGUCUGUCAUGAAGACUGGAAAAGAUCUGGAAGCUACUGUGCCCCGCGAAGACGCAGUAAGCAUUCGUCAGCAGUGUGGAGAAUUGAAGCAACUGUGGGAAAGCGUCCAUUCGCUUAGCGACAAGAAGGCGCAGAAAUUGGAACUGGCGCUGAAGGAGGCGGAGCGCCUCCACCGCUCGGUCAACAUGCUCCUAGAAUGGCUGUCGGACGCGGAAACGCGGCUUCGCUUCGCCGGCGCGCCGCCCGACGCCGAGCACGAGGCGAGCGCGCAACUGCGCGACCACGAGCGCUUCGUGCGCGAGCUCAACGAAAAGAAGAUCGACAAGGACGAGACCAUCACGCUCGCACAGUCGAUACUAAGCAAGGCGCAUCCGGACGCGGUCACGGUAAUCAAGCACUGGAUCACCAUCAUCCAAAGCCGAUGGGAUGAGGUGUGGCAAUGGGCGAUGCAACGCGGAGGCAAGUUGGAGGCGCAUAUGCAGAGCCUUCGAGACUUGGAUCUGGUGCUGGAGGAGCUCCUCCAAUGGCUCAUGGGCCUGGAGAACACCCUGCUAUCGUUGGAAUCAGAGCCUCUACCGGAGUCGAUAGAGCUGUUGGAAGGACUUAUUGAGGACCACAAAGAACUGAUGGAACACACGCAGAAGAGGCAAAACGAAGUGGACCGAGUCUGCAAGGCUUACCAGGUUAAGAGUCAAAGCCAGGGCCGGGAAUCGACCCCGCGAAAGGUGUCCGCCAAGACCGCCACUAAAGGAGCUCCUGGCCGGGGUUCCCAACACGACUUGAGUAGAGAGAGAUCGGUGUCACCAGACUAUUACGGCACUAGGCGGUACAGGUCGCGGAUUCACAGUCGCAGUAGACGUGGAAGUCGCGUGAGUCCGGGACGGGAGACGCCGGACAGGAAUCUACCGCACUACGGGCCCCGGUUCCCGCCUAAGGGAAGCAAAGGCGCCGAACCGGAGUUCAGGUCGCCACGCGUCCGUCAACUGUGGGACAAAUGGAGGACCGUCUGGCUCCUGGCCUGGGAACGCCAGAGACGGCUCCACGCUCGCCUGGCGCACCUCAAGGAACUCCAGAGGGUGUCCAACUUCAGCUGGGACGACUGGAGGAAGCGGUUCCUCAAGUUCAUGAACCACAAGAAGUCCAGGCUGACUGAUCUGUUCAGGAAGAUGGAUAAGGACAACAACGGCCUGAUACCGAGGAACGAGUUUAUUGACGGCAUUAUUAACACCAAGUUCGACACCUCCCGACUAGAGAUGGGCGCCGUGGCUGACCUGUUUGACAGGAACGGAGGCGGCCUCAUUGACUGGGAGGAGUUCAUAGCGGCGCUCCGACCUGACUGGGUGGAACGCCGAGGCCCGCCGACCGACGCCGAUAAGAUCCACGAUGAGGUGAAGCGUCUGGUCAUGCUGUGUACCUGCAGACAGAAGUUCAGGGUCUUCCAGGUCGGCGAGGGGAAGUACCGGUUCGGUGACUCCCAAAAGCUGCGACUGGUCAGGAUCCUUCGCUCCACCGUCAUGGUGCGAGUCGGAGGCGGUUGGGUGGCGCUCGACGAGUUCCUCGUCAAGAACGACCCGUGCCGAGCCGAGGAGUUUAUGGCGCAGCUGAAGCCUAUAUUUGAGGCUCUAAGGCAACGAGAAGAGCUCCCGUGCUCGUACCCUCUCCACGUCGGUUCGACACAUGGCACUAAGCAGGCGUUCAUAUAUGGCCACUCAAGAUCUCAAGGUUCGACGACGCCGGGGGCCCAUCAUUAUACGCAUCACCACGGAUACCAGCCGUCUCCUGGAUAUCACUGGGUGAGAGAACGCACAGCUCGGUCGGUGCCGAUGUCCGCUGGAGGAGCUCCGGGACGAGCAUCCAGGUCGUCCCUCAGCGCUGGCACACCAGACUCUCUCAGCGACAACGAAGCGGCUAGCGGACUUGGUGCUAGAUAUAGGAAACCAAGUGUACCUCGGUCGACUCUCACGCCAGGUGGAUCGAGACCCGGAUCACGACCGGGUUCAAGAGCAGGUUCAAAACCGCCGUCAAGGCAUGGAUCAAACCUCUCAUUAGAUAGUACAGAUGAUGUCUCUACACCGUCGCGUAUACCUAUGAGAAAGGUGACGAAUACCCGAGCGUCUGUAGCUCGCGCGGCUGCGACGGCAAGCAAGCUCGGAGUGGCCACGCCCAACGGCGGGUCACGGCCAAGAACACCGACAGGCUUCUUGACACCAGCCAGUGGAAGGUAUCCUAGCGGCGCGAUGUACCGCACAUCCAGUAUACCGACACUGUCCCCGGUGCCGGCGUUAGUGAGCUCGACACAUUCCCAGCCAUCUUCUGUGGCAUCUGAACAUCCCAAGUCAUUAUCACACACCCAUCCUGCAUUCCAAACUCAAGGUUCCACAAAGAUUCCUGUAUACAUUGGACAUUCCCAGAGAACUCCUUCCGUCGAGAGACGUAUGAAAAAGUCCCGGAAGUCCCAUUCCAGGGAAACUUCCCAAGAACCAAGUCCCACGUCCUUAGAUCCUUCAAGGAAAUCCGAGCAAAGAAGUCCAGAAGACGACUCUUCUCUGUUCAGCAUAUCGGGAAUGACGAGCGACAAUGAAUAUGAGAGUAAUAUAAGCGAGUCAAGCGGUGAAGCGUCUAAGCCGACCCAGCGAGAUGCCAAAGGAAGUGGGUCGUUUGCCUCCACCGAGGGACAAACGCCCGGCAGGAGUCGGAUUCCCGUUCUUAAGGACCACCAUACUAACAGUAACACGAAUAGGCAAAGGACGCCAUCAGGCAGCACGACGCCAGUACGGUCUGGUCAGCAGACGGCAGUGUCGCGGCUGCUGCGGAAACCAUCCGAUGCGUCUGACAACGGAGCGCCCUCGACGCCCGGCUCACGACGCGGCACUCCCUCAACUACACGAACCACGGAGAAACGCGAACCAUUCCGACUAUAAACGAAUAUAAUUAAUGCCGUCACAGAUCCGAAAUAUGACAAAAAUCUAACAUUUCGAUCUGAGAUAUCAAUUAAUCAUGACUAUGUAAUGCGAGUCGUCUUGAUACCUUUGAGUUCUUAUAAAUACUUAAUCAAAAUUUCUUUUGCUUUGUAAUCUUAAUAAUCUUUGUAAAUGCCUACCCACCUUUUACUGAAUUAUUCAAAGUUUUCCAUCAAUGCGGCUCGCAUAAACAUAGAGGCAAGUGACCAUAUUAUAAUAUAUUACUAACCUGAAUUAACCAAUUCGCGAAUUAAGCCAAGCUUAAAAAAAACGAAUUUGCGAAUGUGGCUUUUUAGUUAAGGGAAACAAUAGAUGGUAGUAGUAAAACUUAAAGUCUGCACUUGUUGCCUUGUAUACUUAUUUUUUUCUAUGAUCCGUGCAAUUUUGUGCACGUUGGACUUAUUUUAUUUAUUUUGUGCUGUCAGUAUUUCCCCUUUACGUUCAGAACCAUGGGUGGAUUAAGGAUCCAGUGUGUCAAUGUGAAUGUUAUUCAUUUUUCUUAUUUAUUGUCAACGUUGCCAUAAUUGUUAGCGUAUGUUUUGUAUGAUAAUAUACGUAUUAUGUCUCUCUACAGAGACAAAUGAAAAGUGUGAUUUUGUAAUCUUUUUUGUAAUUAUUUUGCCUUUAGGGACCAUUUUGUUAUCGAACUAUUUGAAAGUAGGUGAUUGCGUGUCACCGCUUUUCGCUAUCCGAAGCCAAUGUGUAAUAACGCCAGAUUGUGCAUUUGGUAGGAAGGCAGAAAGCUGUUACUCGGAAUCUAAAUAAGGUGAUAAUAGAAUUAUUUAAAUGUUUUCUUUCGUAAUGCACAAUCAUGUCUCUAUCAUUAUCGAUUCUUCGGUGUUCAAUAUUAUUUUUUUGGAAUGGUAUAUUGAUAGUUAUCAUCCACUCUGUACAUUUAUGUAUGUGAUUUAUUUAUAUGUUGAUAAUUGCACAAUAUCUUUGUUAUGAUGAUGGUGAUACAAAUGUUUUGGGUGGUGUUUGGAGUUUCAUGUCUGCGACUGUCGCCAGAGUUGCUAGAUGUGUUCGCCUUUCACCAGAUAAUAUCUGCUCAGUUUAAAUUCUACAUACGACGUUGGUUUUAGUAAUUUAACAAAGUACACUUUGUCGCAAAAGACAUUUACUUAAUUUUUCUAGGAAUACUUUUGAUAUGAAAUAAAAUGCUUUAAAAUGUAACCUUCGUAU